AUGGAUCUCUCUCGCACACUCUGGUUCUUUUUUCCUUUUUUCCAGUGCUCACAGACUCCCGUUAGGACUAAAACUCUUGCUUUGCUUGUGGCGAGGAUUCCGGUGACGUGGAUGGAGACACUAUUUUCUCGGGUGUUUUCCAGGAUUUCUGGGAUUCCCAGAAAACCUUUGUUUCAUUGUCCUCAACACCUCCAAUCUCUUGUUUUUACAGCUAAUUCUCACUCUUCCAUUGAUUCUAAUCCGAAGCUGAAAGUCGAUUCUUUUUUCCAGGAAAAAGUGGAUCCAUUUUCCCUUGUUGCUGAUGAAAUCUCACUUGUUUCAAACAGGUUGCGUUCAUCUACAGUUUCCGAGGUCCCUGAGCUUGCCUCGGCUGCUCGAUAUUUCUUCGAACAUGGAGUGGAAGGGAAGAGAACAUGUUCCAUGGUUUUGUUGUUGAUGGCCAAAUCAAUGGAUAUACAUAGACCCGAAUCAUCUUUUAGUUGCAUCGGAGAUACAUCGAGAGUUGAACUGUGUCGGAAACAGCAACUUAUUGCUGAAAUAACCGAGAUGAUCCAUGUGGCUAGUGUAAUUCAUGAUGACAUCUUGGAUGAUGUGAAAACGAGACGAGGCGUCAGUUCGUUAAAUUUUGUGGUCGGAAAUAAGUUAGCAGUGUUAGCAGGGAAUUUUCUGCUUUUUCGAGCUCUAAGGGCCCUUUCUUCCUUGAAAAACGAGAUUGUAUCAUUACUAGUUACUGCAGUCGAGAAUCUUGUUACCGGUGAAGCCAUGCAAAUGGCUGCAACGGUCGAGCAGCGCUGUAGCAUGGAGUAUUAUAUGCAAAAGACAUACUACAAGACUGCAUCAUUGGUCUCCAACAGCUGCAAGGCCAUGGCCCUUUUAUCCAAUCAAGCACCCGAAGUUGCAAUGUUGACUUUUGAAUACGGCAAGAAUUUGGGAUUGGCAUAUCAGCUCAUAGACGAUAUUCUCGAUUUCACAGGCACAUCAGCUUCAUUAGGAAAGGGUUUGUUAUCGGACAUACGACAGGGAAUCAUAACUGCUCCUAUAAUAUAUGCCAUGUAAGAGUUUCCUCUCAAAGCCGUGAUCGAGCAGGGCUUCGACAACUCUGCCAAUAUAAAUACGACACUUGAGUACCUGUGGAAGAGCAAGGGAAUACAAAGGACGAAAGAACUGGCGACGAAGCAUGCUAAUCUUGCUGCAGCAGCCAUCGAUUCUCUGCCCAAAAGCAGCAGCUCGGACGUAAGGAAAUCAAGGCAAGCGCUCAUUAAUCUCGUUCGAAUACUCACAAUUAGGAAUAAAUGAGAACAGCCGAAUCCCAACUUCCUUUCGUUAAACCGUUGUUAUCCCACAUCGAUUAGAGUAUUCCGUAUUACUCUUGUUGGAUGCUUAACAUGGUAUUAGAGC